CAUUGAUGCCGGGCGGCGGAGCCAGACAAUACCGCGCCCCCGAGCCGGGUGCCCGGAGCGCCCUGCCCUGCCGUGCCCCGGCCGGCCCCGCUCCGCUCCGCUCCCACCAUGAUGUCCAUGAACAGCAAGCAGGCGUUCAGCAUGCACCCCAUCCUGCACGAGCCCAAGUACCCGCACCUGCACACCAGCUCCGAAGCCAUCCGCAGAGCCUGCCUGCCCGCCCCCCAGAUCCAGGGGAAUAUCUUUGCGGGUUUUGACGAGACGCUGCUGCGAGGGGCCGAGGCUCUGGCCGCCGUGGAUAUCGUAUCGCAGAAAACCCAUCCCUUCAAGCCGGACGCCACCUACCACACCAUGAGCAGCGUGUCCUGCACUCCUACCUCGUCCUCCGUCCACCUGCACCACCCGUCCGUGCUGACCACGCACCACCCCCACCACCACCACCACCAGCCCUCGCAGGGCCUGGACGGGGAGCUGCUGGACCACCUCAACUCCGCCCUGCCGCUCGGAGGGGUGCCGGGCCCCGAGGUGGGCUCCACGCCUUCGCACCCGCACUCCCACAUGUCGGCCAUCAACCACAUGGCCCACCACUCGCAGCCCAUGAACAUGUCCCACCCCCACGGCCUCGCGUCCCACGCCGUCAUCUCCGGCCCCGAGACCGAGACGGACCCUCGGGAGCUCGAGUCCUUCGCCGAGCGCUUCAAGCAGCGCAGGAUCAAGCUGGGGGUCACCCAGGCGGACGUGGGCUCCGCGCUGGCCAACCUGAAGAUCCCGGGGGUGGGCUGCCUUAGCCAAAGCACCAUCUGCAGGUUCGAGUCGCUCACCUUGUCCCACAACAACAUGGUGGCCCUCAAACCCAUCCUGGAAGCGUGGCUGGAGGAGGCGGAGAGGGCGCAGAGGGAGAAAAUGACCAAACCCGAGAUCUACACGGGGGGGGACAAGAAGCGCAAGCGCACGUCCAUCGCCGCCCCCGAGAAGCGCUCGCUCGAGGCCUAUUUCGCCGUCCAGCCCCGGCCCUCCUCCGAGAAAAUCGCCGCCAUCGCCGAGAAGUUAGACUUGAAGAAGAACGUGGUGCGGGUCUGGUUUUGCAAUCAGAGACAGAAGCAGAAAAGGAUGAAAUUUUCUGCCACCUACUGAGGAAGGGGUUGGGGAGGCAGCGGUGUGGGGGGGACGGAGGUGCUGUCCUCCCUACUGCCCCCCCCAGCCCUUCCCAAACAGGGCUUGGGGUUUUGUCGGCUCUUUUUUUUUUUUUUUUUUUUUUU